GAUAGUGGCUGCCUGGAGGAGGCUGUGGACUGAAAAAAGGAGACAUGCAGGAGGAGGGUGAUACUAACAGUGACAGUGAUGAGACAGUAGUGGAGGGCUCAGUAACUGAGAGUGAUCUAGAUGAAGAGGAGCUGCACGCGAGGAGGUUAUCUUUUGCUAAUAAGGACUUAUCUCUAAAAACUGAAACCAUCUUUGCUGCCAAAAUAAGAAGAGUAAAUGGAGUUUUAGAAAACCUCUCCCCAGAGAUUCAGCUUGUCUGUAAAUUCAGCAAUGAUCUAAAAAAUGUGACGCAAAAGAACCAUAUAAAUCCGAUCGCUCAUGAGACGGGUGAAAUUGAGCAAUCUCAAUCUCUGCUACAGGGUACAGUAUUUAUUACAAAGAUUCCUCACCUUGAUGUUCCUCAAAAUGCUGCAGUAGGUAUAGAUACUGACAUGUUGGGAUUUCAGAAAACAGAGAGUAAGAUUUCACAGCAAUUAAACGAUGAAGAUGACUCUCCAGAAAGAAGCCUACUGUCAAAUGCAAUUGUACAAGAGGCAUUCAUAGCUCCAAAGGAAUAUAUACCACCAAAUGUAUUUCCAGAGAAAAUAUAUUUAAAAGAUUGUCAGAGUGUGGCUAUGACCACUACAGAGAUAAAUACCGGGGUAAAAAAUAAUUCUCUUGAGAAGUCUGCAGCUGACUUUAUUUUGUCAACAUCAGAGAAGAUUUCCAGGGAAACAUUAACUUUACAAAAUAUAAUGACAGAUGAAUUUGAAGUUAGAGAUUUGCUGAAGCCACUUAGUGAUUCAGAGAGUCCAGACUUGACAAACCCCUUGCACAACACAUUAAAGUGUCAAUGUGAUGCUCUAUCUGUAGAUAUAUCAGUAAGUGAGAACAGCAGGGACCUGCCACUAGAGCUUCUGACAGCGCUGAACUCCUUUUCAGAAUCUGUAGUGGGGGAGGAAGGAGAGGUCAAUAAACAAGAACAUUUGAGAUCAGAACUCAAUAUUUUCCAGACAGAUAAUUGCAGUCAAAUAACUGAUAAUAAUUUUGAAUCUCAAUUUCCUAUGAUGCAACUGGAAGACAUAAAGUCAUUAACAGAGUCUGCAUUUCAGGAUACUUUAUAUGAACAACUUGUAGAUGACCAGAAAAACCAGGACUUGCUAAUUUCAGAUUGCAGGAAUGUUGCCGCUAAUGACGAACAAGCUAGUGAAGGAAAUUCAUGUUCAGUAGAGAAUACCUCAGGUGUAGAAACUACCAAAACAACUUCAUGUACAUUAAAAAAGUCAACUCGAUUAAGAGAAAACUGUACUAAAAAGCACAUUGAAGAAGCUUCUAAUUGUCAAAAAACACCAGAAGAAACACAUCAGAGAAUAUGUAGCAAAGAUGAAGAAAGAGGAAAUAAAACUUCAUCUAAAGACUUUGGAACACAAGAUUUUGCUUGUAAGGACAGCAAAGAACUGCAUUCGGAGCUGGAAACCAGUACAUACCCAGGAUCAACUAUAGAUGGAAACGCCAAGGAUGAGCAAACAAGGAAAAGCCAAAGGCUUGCAAAGAAAAUUACAACACAAACCUCUGUUAAAAAAAAUUCAAAUACUGCACCUGUUGUCUCCAUUACUCUUUCAAAAAUCAAUAGGAGAAAUCUCUUUGGGGAGACAUUACUGCAUAAAGCUGUUGCUGACGAUGAUACAGACCUUGUAUGCAAAAUUAUAAAAGUUGGUGCAAAUGUAAAUACACAGGACUGUGCUGGUUGGACUCCACUACAUGAAGCCAGUAUAGCAGGUUUUUAUAAGACAGCAAAUGAGCUUUUGAAAGCCGGAGCUGAUGUUAACUGUAAAGGAAGUGAACAAGUAACACCAAUACAGGAUGCAGUUAAAGAGGGCCAUUAUGAGGUGGCAGAGUUACUACUUUGGUAUGGAGCUGAUCCUUUACUCAAAAAUGAGAAGGGGAAGUGUGCCUUGGAUGAAGCCACUGAUCAGCAUAUGAGGAAACUACUUGAAAGUUAUAUAACUAAAUCUAGAAGACGUUCAACAUCAGCUAAAAAGGAUGUUGAGAGCACAUUAAAUGUUCAAAAAAUGAAUGACAGGAACCAGCUGGAAGUACAUUCAGGAAGAACAGUUCAGAAUUCAUAUGUUGGUAAUAAUAAUGCAUCAAAGCAAGGGUUUAUCAACUUUGAACAAAGUAGCAAAGAGAAUUCAAUAAGAAAUGUCAAAAGAUCCAUCACCCGAGGAUUUGAGGAUCAUAAAUUGUUGAAAGGAAGAAAAUUAAAAGAUACAAAACUGAUUCCAAAAAAGUCAGCAGGGACUGCAGAAAAGAUUGAAUCCAUUGAGAAUGUCUGUGAGUACAGGACAAAUAUAUCUCCUCCAGAUACAUCUAGAGACAAAACAAGAAACAGAAGCCACAAAAUAUAUGAUCCUCAGGUUGGACAUAGUAACAGUGGGUUUACAGUUAAUACCUCUUUCUCCAAAAGAAUAACUAGGUCCUCUGCACAUUGUAAUUAUAGUUCAGAUAACAUUUGUGAAGUGGGAGAAAAGCCCAGUAUACCCAAACAGAAAGAAAUGCAAAAAGAACAUGUCUUAUGUAAUAGCAAUACUUCAGUUUCAAAAGAAAAGGAAAAUACUUGUGAAAGCAACACACUAUCAAUAAUAAUGACAGACCAAGUAACUAGUUUACCGUGCACUGAAUCCUCAAAUUCUGUAGUAAAAGCAUUUACAGAGCAUUUUGAGAAUGCUGAGUUAACAGAAAUUGACCCUCACUCAGUACUUUCUUUGUGUGAAGAAAUCAGUGUACCUCUGGUGACUGCAGAGCAAUGUUUAAUGAAUCAAAAUAAUGAACACCAUUAUCUUAACUACAAUAAAGAUGGUAGCAUGAGUGACAAGAAUAUGAUUUCAGCUAAGAGAAUGAGUAGUAGCCACUCUUUUGAAGAAAACAUUUACAUUGAGAAUAAUGAAUUAUCAGACCAGUUUCUUUAUUCUGAAAACUCCAGAGAUCAAAUUAACGUUGAGAUCGAUAGAGACAGAAUUAAUGAGGCGGAACAAAGUUUAAAAUACUGUUUACCUCUUUUUAAAGAUAUUUCUUUACAGGGAAACCGAUUAGAAUCAGGAAAUCUAACUACAUUUUCAACACAGGGAACUCUAAACUUUACUGAUUCAGGCGAUACAGUCCUAGCUGAACGGUAUACUGAAAAUGAGAUUCAAAACAUUUAUAAAAAUAACUCUAAGGAUGUAGAUAAAUGUACUGUACAAACACUUCAAACAGGUACAGAAACACUUUCAUGGCAUGAAUUUCCAGCAGCUGUUAAUAGACUUAGUGAUUCUCAAAGUUCUGAGAAUUUUAGCAUCAGUGUGCCGAUUCCUUUUGCUCAUCAAACAGAUGAUGGAAUGAGGGUGGUGCUAAGUGAACAAGAGUGUACUGAAAGAUGCUGCACUGAAAUAAUUGAAAAUGAAAUGAAUUCCGAGAUUAACACAUCGACAGCUUUACAGCUACAUAAAAAAGAAGCAUUUCAAGUAAAAAGAAUGAGACAGAACUUUCAGGAAAUCACCUUAGACACAGAUUUAUAUUCCACUAAUUGUAUGAACAAGAAGUCACUUCAUCCAUCUCAGCUGGUCCAAGAAACAGAGCAGGAAUCUUCCCAAAAAUCAGAUGAGGGAAGGACAGCUGAGAGAAGUGGAGAGCAAAGCACUGGAAGAUGUUGCAUUGAGAGAAAUGAAGCUGAAAGGACAUCAAAGAAUAACACACCUAUAAUGUUACAAUUACUUGAAACAGAAACAAUCCAAACUAAAAGAAUAAGACAUGACCUUAAGGAGACCAGCCAAAAUACAGAUUUAUGUGCCAAUAACAGUAAUUCACCUAAUCUAUCACAAUUCAGUCAGACAGCAGAACAGGAAAUGUCUGAGCAAUUAGACUCUUUACUAUCUAGCAAAAAAGAGAUAAUAACUGCACCUACUCAGCCUACCCAUAUUACAAGAGCUGGGAUAAAAAAGAGAAAUGUCAAAGGGGAAAGUCGCUUGCACCUGGCUGCCAAGAAAGGAGAUUUAUCAUUAGUGAAAACUCUAAUAGCAUCUGGAGUAUGUGUGAAUCUAAAGGAUCAUGCAGGCUGGACAGCAAUUCAUGAAGCUUCCAACCGGGGAUUUACUGAGGUGAUCGUAGAGUUAUUAAAAGCUGGUGCUGAUGUUAAUAGCAAAAGUCUGGAUGGGACUUUGCCAAUACAUGAUGCUGUGUCUGGCGAUUAUUUCAAGGCAGUCAAAAUUCUACUACAUCAUGGAGCAAAUCCUAAUGAGAAGGAUAAGCAUGGGAAAAAUGCUUUGGCUGAAGCCUGCAGUGAUGAAAUGAGAGAAUUGCUUAAGUCUUAUGGUGCUACUGACAGUGAAGUUGCUUAUGAAACAACUGAGGUUACUGGCCCUAAAAGGUCAAGAAGACCAACACAUACUUGUUAUGAUUGCUGUAGAAAGGCUGAUGUUCCAUUGGUUUUGCACCAAGAUAUGACCAGAGAGAAAUGUGGCACACAUGAGUCCAUUAUUGCUACAUUACAAGAUAUAGAAAAGAAGCAGGAAAAACUGUUGCUGUUUGAAUUAAGAAACACAAAAGAUGAAGGACUGUAUAUUCAUGGCUUGUCGCAGAUACAAGACACUUUGAAUGAAGUGCUUGCCAAACAGAAAGCAGAAAGGGAUGUCCUAGCUAAAAAAUACAGGGCUUCAGUGGAAUCUUUUAAACAAGGACCAUUGAGGGAACAACUAGUUAAACUUGCCUCUAGGCAAAAGAGUCUUUUGAUUGUGGCACAAAACCAGAAAGAACUAGGCCAUAAAAUAAGAAACUAUAGGAAUGCAAAGCAAUGCAAUCUUUAUAGGCAAAGAAACAAAAUGAAAUCUUUAUGGGCAAAGAAACAAAUCUCAAACUCAGGUAUUUCUUAUGAAAGGGAUGACAGAGAUGAUCUGACUGUUGAUAAAAGAGUGCAUCAUGAUGUAGUUACAGUAAACAUGGAACCUUAUGCCAAAUUGACUAAUGGAAACCCUGUAGAAGGCACAUUUUCAGAUCAGGAAUACAGCCAACAUCCAAACAGCUGCUUGGAUGAGACAGGAGCAAAUGAAGAGACAAGUACAAGCAAAGAGGUUUCUUCCCAUGCUUUGACAUAUGAAAACAGGGUUAGAGAAUAUAUUUUUGAUAAUAUGUCAGGACCUAUAGAUACUACAGAAAUGAUAAUGUCGUCUUCAGAACCUAUUAUUUGCACUACUCAAACAAAGUGUUCACAGCAAGAACAAAAUAAUUAUAUAGCAAUUCCAGUACAAGUAAGCAAGUCACCAAAUCCCACUCCAGUAACCAGCUCAUUAAAUAUUUCAGAAGCUGAAAGCUUUGUUAUCACUAAUAAUACCCAUCAGUCAACCGCUGAUUGUCAGCAGGUUCCUACUGGUAAAACUCUGCAAAGAUAUGGACAUAGAAAUGAAGCUUCCCAGAAGCAAGCAAUAGUAGUGUCAGAAUCUGCAGAAAUCGCUCCUUUUACUCUUCAGCAAAAUAUCUUCCAAAAUAAUAGGAUUUCACAUAAUGCUACAGGUCUGGUGUCAUGUAUACCUUAUCCAGUAAACAUCAGUCAAAAUUCUUCUUCCCAGUAUUCCAAUAAUCAGGAUAGUGAACAACUGCAAUUGAACUGCAGAGGAAAUCGAAGGAGAAAAAAUCGACUGAAAGAUCUGCUUCAACUAGGAAAGAUUAAGCCAGGAGAAAAUGUUCUAGAAUUCAAACUGCAGGACUUCAGUCAUAAAGUCACUCUUUUGGAAGAUGGCAAAAUCAGAACGAGUGAUAAUAGAACUUACGGGAAUCCAGUUCAGUGGGUUAAAGCAGUGUUAGGAAAUGAUAUUUCUGUGAGCUGGAAGUAUGUGUGGAAUAAGGUCACAUACCUUGGAACAGAGCUGUCAAAAAUUGAAGAAGCAUGUAUUCCUAAUGAACCAGAAUUACCAUCACAACAAAAACAAUCUUCUGGGAUGAAUUUUGUAACACUGGACCCAGGCAGUUCCACGCAGUGCCACCUCAAUACCAGUAGCAAUUCCACCUUUCAGUGCUCCAGGGACUGUGAAGCAGACAAUAUGCUACAAAAUGUUCCACUACUUCCACAAAUAGAAGAAACAAGAAUACAACCAGCCCUUGAAAUAGAAGCUGUGGAAGUACCACUUAUGUUGAGAGAAUUAAGAAGUAAGACAUUUUCUUUGGUACUAGCUGAAUCAUCCUUCCAGUCAGAUUCUGUAAAAAGCUCCAUAAGCUUUCUUCAGUUAAAUGAAAUAGUAUUAAUAAAUGAUGAGGAAUUUCUUCCAUGUCAUAUAAUGGAUCAGCACUGGAAGUUCUAUAUGGAGUGUGAGAACUUUGGAUUUUAGUGACUCUUCUGAUUUAUAACAGUUUUUCUUCAUAAUCAGUUAAGAGUAAACCUUUUUCUAAUUAAAUUGCCUUGUUAUUAGCAUUUAAUCAGCUUCCUUAGCCUGGUAGUCUGAAUGUGAACCAGAUAAACUAAAGUAUUACCCAUUUGCAGCAGUUGAAGAUAAUUGUCAGUGCUGAACUCAUGUUUUGUUUUACUACUAACACAAGGGAAUGUAGAGGCAAAGCCUUAGUGUAAGUGAGUGCAACUCCACUGACUUCCGUGGCAUUGUAUCUGCUUAUAUAAGGGCAAAAUAUAUCCUCCCUUGGCCAGAUAAAAGCAGCACGUCCAGUCACUUUUGCAUCUAGCCUUAGAGGUAGUUUGCUUGAGCGCAUGACACCCUAAGUGACUGCAAAAGUUCAUGUACCAAUAUAAUCAAUUUUGUUAAGCACAAAUUAAGAUAAGCAACUUUUAAAAUAGUUGAUUGCUUUGCUUUACAUGACCUAGAAAUAUAUAAACAUUUCUAAAAGAUGGCUUUUCUUUUUGUAAGGGGGAUGCAGGAGGGUGGUUAAAAGCAAACCUGAAGUUAAAAAACACUUGAAGUUCUCAAAUGGGGAGUUUCCCUGAUUGUCAUUUCAAACUGAAUAUAUAUCUGAUAAUGUAAGCAGUAGUGCAUGGAAGUGAGUGCAGUGAGGUCAUUUAUUGGUCAUGUUUUUUUAAUUGAAGAGCAGCUCCUAAAUUCAUUCCAGCUUCCUGUGGAUUUGUAUUUGUUUUAAUUUUAAAAUGUCUGAGUCUUCCCCUAUUAUAGAACGUUUGACUAUUACCACGACAAUGAUCUGCAGUCACACUGAACUUUUAUCUUUCACUCCCUGGAUUACAAGAAAUAGGAAAAAAAUGCAAAAGGUAAAUACUUAGAACUCCAGAGAAUGGAUCAGAAUGAGAUACCAAAGCAAAAAUAUGGCAGCCUGUAAUGGUUAUUUGGGGUGUGCAUUAACUGUCUUGAGGGGAGUUGAGUACUGCCUUAGGCAAAAGGAGACCAUAAGGGCAUGAUACAGGGGAAGGAGAGGGAUGCUUCUAAUGGGGAGUAUGUUAAUAUUGUGCCCUGUCAUGCAUUAGUAGUCAUUGUUCACUGAUAAGGCCUCAGAGAUGGGGGAAAAAAUACAAACCAUCAUGAAGCCAAAAAGCUAAAGGCUUUUGAGUAGUAUAUAUUUAAUAAAGGUCUGUUUCUACAUAUAAAAAAUAGAACCCGUUUUUCUUAGCUGCUACAAUAGAAAAAUUGGUUUGAAGUUAAUAGUUACUGAAUAUUGUUCAUGUCUUCUUUAGAGGAGGCUACAAUCUUAUUUAAAAAUGAUCUUUGAUCAUCAGAUCUACUGUAUUGUUUGUCUGUUUAGAAUGUGUUCUAUGUUAUAAGGUAUUUAAUAAAAUUGUUACCCUUAACUAUAAGAUCUUGCCAGUAUCACUUUCUUUGUCAGUAU